ACCUUAAAAAUUAUGUAAGAGAUAUUAUUUAAAAACAUGCAAGAGGUAUCUAUGUAAAAAUGUGCAAGAAAUAUGUAUGUAAGAAUAUACAAGAGAUAUGUGAAAUGACUUUUUCGAAUAAAAGUAAAAGAAAAGAUGGAUUGCUUAAAAAUGGAAAUAAAUUAUUCAUUGAGUUUAUCAAUUUAGCACUUACAAGUUUAUUCAAUUGUUACCCAACAAAAAAUAAUCAAAUAGCAAACUAUGCAAAAAUAUUUCGCAUACUGUUAUGUACUACUCUGCAAGCACAAAAAUCAUACUAUGUGCCUCCUACAAGCAAUGAUUAUCAAAUAACAGAGGCUUUUUAUUACAAUGGUGACACGAGCAUUACUUUGCAAGGUGUUAGAAGAAUGAUGAACAUCACAAGUACCUCAUAUUUAUCAAUAAGUCCAAAUGACUUAGAGUUUGAUGUAUCACCAGUUUCAUACUUUACUGUAAAAAUAAAUGGAGUCAAAUUAGUUCAUCAGUUUAUAGUUAAAUCGGGUGAUUAUAAUGAAUUUAACUCAAUUACUGGAAUCUGGUUGACUUUUCGUUUAAAUAGUGACAGAGAUUUUGUUGUUUACACAGAAUUCAAUCAAACAAAGAUUUUUGAUGGUAACUAUGCUAGGUCUCAAUGGUUCAGUUAUGAUUUGCUAAAUCCUUUUAUGGCUUCUGAAAUCCAAGUUUUUGCUUUCUCAGAAUAUCGUUUGACUUACUUUGCUAUGGACUUUAGAUUUAUUGAAUCUUUUCCAUAUUUAUUUGAAAAUCCUAUGAUUGGACUAUACCAGUUUAUGGCCAGUGAUUUUUUAAGUAUCAAAUUGGAUAAAUCUUCACUUAUAUCAGGAAUGGAAUUUGAUAAAAUUGAUUGGUUAUUGAAGUUUUGUAUCUACUACAGUGCAAACAACCAAUUUGUGCCCUACAAAGACAAUAGUUUGUUUGAUAUUACUAUAUUUACAGUAUCACCAAGAAUUACUCUUCGUCCAUUUCGAACAUCUGAAAUUAACCUAAGUUGCUUAAACUGGUUAAUAAAUGGGGAGCAAAACAUAUCUAUUACUUUACUUGGAGAUGAUUACCUUUCAGCUGACUUUGUUUGGUUGAGUGCAAACUUCAUCCAGUACAAUACAAGUUACUACAUCUAUCCAAGCAUCAGAGGUAUCCAGAAGUUGUUUGGUAGCACUUAUUAUUUACAAAAUAAUUUAAUAAACAGUUUUCAUACUUCACUCAUGAGCAAUCAAUUUGGAGCUGAUUGCAUUACUCAGCCUCAUUUGUGUGUUAGUGGAUUUACAAUUCAACUUGAUGUUGCUGUUCCAUUUUCAUCUUCCUCUAUUUGGAAAGAGUUUUUUGUAACAGAUUUUUUAUGGAAUACAUCAAACAGUGAAAUCUAUUUUGGUUCGAAUGUAGAAGAGACAUUUUUGGUUUUCAAUAAAUUUAUUUUGCCAUCUACUGUAAAUUGGAUGAAACUAGAUUUUCAUAUGUUUCAUUUAAAGAAAACUCUUAAUUCAAAUACAAAUUAUUCAGCAAACAUCUAUGCAUUCUCAAUUGUUUCAAAUGAUAUGACUGCACUUCAAUGUUCAGAUUAUUACAAUAAUCUUAGCAAUAAAACUUUUUUUUUAAACUUCAUAUCAAUAACUUUUAAUGGUUUAACAGAUCAUCAAAGCUUUGAGUUGACAAGUAUAAUAAACACUUUAAGAAAUAACAAUUACGGUAUGCUUAAUGGUUUAUGUUUAAUAGUGAAAACGACUUAUGACCUUGCACAAAAUAUCACAAAAUUUUCACAAAAUGAUUUUAAGUUAUCUUGUUUAUACGGAGACACUGUUGUUGGAGAUGUACGAUCCUUGAAUACACAGAAUGUCAAUGAAAGUUCUUUAACAAUCAUUACUUUAGAUAAAUCUUAUAUAUAUUCUAUUGAAGUUUCCUUUGAUCAAAAUUAUUAUAUGACUGGAAUAAAAUUGUGGAGUCAAUCACAUAUUUAUGUAGAUUUAUUGAUUCAAACUGUAUACUUUUAUCCAAUAGCAAAUAACUAUUUUACAGUUACCAAGAUUUCUUUACAUGGUGGUGAAAGUCAGUAUGUUCCUUUUAAUGGUGUGAUCAAAGCAAAAAAUUUUAGAAUAUUAUUAACAUCUAAGAUUAUUAUUAAGUACAACUUUUAUGGAACUGAAAAUACACAUUGGACAUCUCCCAUACUAUCUGCUGGUUUAGGAGGAUAUCAAACAGCUACUCAUGGCAAUGGGUUUCAAAUUCAUUUAACUGAUAAUCAAAUUACUGCUACUGUGGUAACAAUGUAUGGAAAGUAUAAAGUUUCAAUGGCUAAUCCUUCAUCAGCUCCUUACACUCUUACUCUUGUCUGGUCUGUAGUCAAUGAUACUUUAUAUUUGUAUUAUAAUGAUAUUUUGAAAGAUACUGGAGGAAAUAGUGAAGCAAAAAUAUUUUCAAACUUUAUGUUUAAUGAGUAUAUUCUCGUGUUUGCUGAUUACUACAACAGUUUAUCUACCAUUCAAGCAAGUCUUUCUAAGAUAACAAUAUGGCGUACACCUUUAACAGUAAAUGAAAUUUUUCAAGUUGUUUACAAAGCACCUCUUGCUGAGUAUAGUUAUUCAAACAUCGUAUCGCAAGAUUUUUUUUAUGGUUCAGAUUGUAAUUGCAUAUAUGGAGAAUGUCCUUGUGAAACUCUUGAUAUGACUGCAACAGUGGAGUAUGUAAGUAGGCUGACAACAUAUUUUGAGGUUUUUGAAGAUGAUUAUUUGGGAUAUGAUCAAUCAAUAGUCAGCAUAGUUGAAAUGGACAAUAAUUACACUGACAUUUAUUUUGAUAAUAUUGUUUUGGAUUUUGACAAUGUAUUUUUGCUUGAUGUUUAUUUGAAUGUCAACUUACUGUUUUCUAAUACAGAUGAUACCAUCAACAUUCAGAUAUCCAACAGUUCAAACAGUAAAUUUUUAGAAUUAACUAAAUUGGUCAUUUCUAAAGAAGAUGAUAGCGUUUAUAUCACAAGUCCUGAUCUGACUGAACUAUUAAGAAUAUUUUCUCGUACAGCAACCCCUCUAACAGUUGCUUUUAGAAUAAAUAGUUUAAAUAUUCAACCGAAAUGUUUUUUGAGAAUAAAGUAUAAAAUAACUCAACCAGGUGGUUUUACUCAUGCUAAUGCUAUACUGAGCAACUCAGAAGAUAUGUUUGCAAAAGUGCAUUUUAAUGUUAUCGGAGAAUGUGUUUCUUUCAAAUUUAAAUUUGGGGGGUCUGGGUUUUCAAAUCUUGCUAUUUUUGGUAAUAAAGAUUACAUAAAGACAAGAUUGGGAUACUAUUAUCGUCAAGAAGCGCAAGAUAAAUGGAUUAAUGUUGAUCUUGAUUCAAGUUCUCAAAAGUUUCAAACUGUUGAAUUUGUUGCUUUAAAAAAUGGACUCGAAAUUGGAUAUAUUGCUUUUAAUAGCUUUAAAUUUUUUCAAAACUGUUCAACUGGAGAUACAAGUUUAACAGGUAAUGGAAAUAUUUUUACAAUGGAUAAAAACUAUUCUCUUUUAUAUCCUGUUGUUAUGAUUACAGACUAUGAUGUGUAUACAAUUUUUAAAACUAAUGUUAGUUAUGAGUUCACAAAUAUAAAUCAUUUCUUCAAUAGUUAUGAUUUUAAAAUGGUUUAAUAGACAAAUGAUGUUUAGUUAUUGG